GGCGUGGCUUGAUUUGCAUAGGGCGUGGCUAAGGGAUAUUUUUCCCGGGAGAAAAAAAAACCAAGAGGCAUCGAGAGGAGCAGCAGCAGCAGGAGGAGCAGCAAGAGCAGGAGGCGCCUCGCCAGCCAAGACGGGGAGCCCGCGGAAAGCGGUGGUGGAGGGCGAGGCCCCGAGGAAGGGAUCCGGGCCUUGGGGGCUCCCAGAGGUGGAUGCUGCCCGGCCCAGAAGAGGAGGAGCAGGAGGAGGAGGAAGAGGAAGGGGAAGGGGCGCCCCGCUGGAUCCCGGCCCACAGGGCGCAGCAAUGAACAAGCUGCGGCAGAGCCUGAGACGCAAGAAGCCGGCCUACGUCCCGGAAGCGAGUCGACCCCACCAGUGGCAAGCGGACGAAGAAGCCGUGCGCAAAGGACGCUGCAGCUUCCCUGUGCGGUACCUUGGCCAUGCAGAAGUGGAGGAGUCCCGGGGUAUGCACGUUUGUGAAGAAGCUGUGAAGAAGUUGAAGGCGAGUGGUCGCAAAUCUGUGAAGUCUGUUCUCUGGGUCUCGGCUGAUGGGCUGCGGGUUGUGGACGACAAAACCAAGGAUCUGAUUGUGGACCAAACUAUUGAGAAGGUGUCCUUCUGUGCUCCGGAUCGCAACUUCGACAAAGCUUUUUCCUACAUCUGCCGCGAUGGUACCACCCGUCGUUGGAUCUGCCACUGUUUCCUUGCGUUGAAAGACUCGGGGGAGCGCUUGAGCCAUGCUGUAGGUUGUGCCUUUGCUGCCUGUCUGGAGCGCAAGCAGAAGCGGGAGAAGGAGUGCGGCGUGACGGCCUCUUUCGAUGCCACUCGCACCAGCUUCGCCCGAGAAGGAUCCUUCCGCCUGACGGGCCCCGCUGCCACACGGCCCUCGGGGGCCCGUCCUCCACAGGAGAGGAAGAAAGCUGAAGCAGUGGCAGUACCCGCCGCUCCUCCGCCGGCCCCUGCCCAGCCGGCCAGCGCCUCUCCGCCUCAAGGGGCCACAUCUCCGGAAGAGAAAACCGAAGUCGGGAGUGCCCACGCCAUCCCUCGCCGCCAUGCCCCCUUGGAGCAGCUGGUGCGGCAGGGCUCUUUCCGGGGCUUCCCCACCUUGAGCCAGAAGAACUCCCCCUUCAAGAGGCAGCUCUCUUUGCGGCUGAACGAACUGCCCUCCACUUUGCAGCGCAAGGGGCAAGCUGGAGAUGCAGUAAUAGAACUCGAAUCCACACCCAAUGGGGAUUCUGAUGGCAUCACUGCCCUCUGCAGCCAGAUCGAUGCCUCACUCACUCAGCCGGCUGGCGAGCCCCCCAGCAGCGCUGGACCUCUCGGUGGCCCCCUUGCCCACCCCACUGCCACAGUGCCCACGGAAGGGGGAGGCACAGCCCCCUCCACGUGGACCGCCAAUUCCGCCGGAGUUUCCGUAACGCCUCCGUUCCAACCCGGGCACAAGCGGACGCCGUCGGAAGCUGAACGUUGGCUGGAGGAAGUUGCCAAGGCCGCCAAAGCCCAACAGCAGGUGGCAGUGGCGGUGGCAAUGCCAACCUUCCCCUUAAGCUACGAUGCUACCACUGCCGCCGCCCCCGCGGUGGGGAUGUUUAUCCCUCCUCACAUGCCACCGGCUUAUGUGCCCAUGGGUGCCGCUUACCCGCCGGCAGUGCCAUACGCCGCCGUGCCCAGCGUGCCUGUGGUAGGCAUCACUCCCUCCCAGAUGGUGGCCAACGCCUUCUGCUCGGCCACGCAGGCGCCGGCCACAAACCUGGGGGCCAAGGCCAGCCCUUUCCCUCAGAACCUGCUGGGCCCCACCAUGCGGCCCAAAGCCAACGGCAGCGCCUGGCCCCCUGAGCAGACCCAGGCGGCGCCCCCUGCCCCACGCCGCGACCCUCCCGACCCCUUUGAAGAGCAGUGGGCAGCUUUGGAGUCCAACAAGGCCCCUUCCGCCGUCCCAAACCCUUUCUCCGGCGACCGGCAGAAAACCUUUGAAAUAGAACUGUGACCGAAGUGUCCCUCUCUCUCUCUCUCUCUCUCUCUCUCUAGGGACUGGACAAAUUUAGAUACCCACCCCAUAUCUCACCCCGUAUGAUGUCUUCCCUCAUAGAGUCAGCUCCGUGGCUCAUCAGAGCCAAGCACAGACGUACACCAUACUGUGGCCCUCUUCCUCACUUUGUUUGGACAGUCCAAUUGUCAACUUUGUCAUUACUUCCCCUCCAUCGAAACAGAAUUCGUGGAGUUUUUGGACGGAGGGAG